CGCCCCUAUACAACUAUCAUCGUCAACAUCAAAUUACCCCUUAUCUAGUCUUCCAAGAGAGGUCACAAAAUAUCAUGUUGAGUGCUAGUGUUCGUUCCGCUUCUGGUCAUCUGCUACCUCGGGUUAUGAUCCGACGUGCACCUGCGGCAUUUGUCGCUAUCCGUCAAGCAUCAGGGGGUGCACACGCACACGAAGUAGAAUCUUUCGACGCAUUCAAUACUCGUUAUCGUAACUUUUUCACCGCAUGUGGUGAUUUAUUCGAACUUCAAAGAGGAUUAAACAAUUGUUUCGCAUAUGAUUUAGUACCUACUACAGAAGUUAUCGAAGCUGCUUUGAAAUGUUCUCGUAAAGUGAACGAUUACGCUACGGCCGUUAGGAUCUUGGAAGGGAUCAAAGAGAAAGUUGAGAAUAAAGGACAGUAUGAAGCUUAUUUGAAAGAAUUGAAACCUGUCAUUGAUGAGCUUGGUAUCUCAAGCAAAGAAGAGCUUUACGGUCUUUCAAAAUAAGUGAUUUAGAAAAUGCAAAGCAUUGUUUGAUUUCUC